CAGUCUGCACUGUAAUCAGUACUGACGAGGCACCAACGUGCAAGCACAAUGGCCGCCGGCAAAGAAAUGCCUAACGUACCCAACCGAAAGCAUAUCCUCGUCAUCGCUCUACCGGCCUUUGGUCACUACAUCCCUUCUCUGGAAUUAGCGAAAAAGAUCGUUCAAUACCACGAUGUUACGUUCGUUUUGUCCAGUCACAGAUACGAUGAGAUUAAGGAACGCGGCAUUCUCCCACCGAAACCCAUCGGUACCUACGUCUUCGACGAUGGAUUCAGCUACAACUUGGACGUCCACAUUGGAGACCUGCAAAUCUUCCUGGCCAAACUGCGGAAUGCCCGGCCGCACUAUGCAGACUUUAUUAACAGCCUCAGUAUCCGAGGGGAUUCCACUGACAAUGAGAAGACGUCGGAACUACCUCCGGUAGAUGGGGUGUUUUGCGACCUAUCCAUGCCGAUGCCGAUCGAAACAUGUCAACAACGGAGCAUUCCGGUUUAUGGUUUCGUUCCCAUGUCGGCGACUUUGUUCGCUUUACAGAGCGCCAUUAAUGCAAAUACCCCUACACUUCCUGAUGAGGUAUUCUUCAGUGGACAAGACGAUACCAUCAACCGCUGUGAAAUGGUAGCGGAGAGCUUAAAAACCUGGCAACUAGAAUUUGGUCCAGCUCACACACUGGUAACCGGUAUCCUGUUUAAUUCCUGCGAUGAACUAGAGCCUCAAGCCCAUGCCAUGCUCCGGGCCUACCCCCAAUUCGAGAAGAUCCCGCUGACUUUCAUUGGACCAUUGUUACCGGAAGCGGAGGGAAAGCCGGAAGACAUGUUAUCCCAACGGAUUGGUGACUGGAUGAGCCAACAGGAUGAUCGCAGCGUGGUGUACUUUUCGUUUGGCACUGCGGCAGUUCCGUCCGCCGAACAGCUGGCGGAAAUCGCUGAAGCGUUGGUAUCGUUAAAACGGCCCUUUAUUUGGUCUUUGCGGAAUGCGCAGCAGAAUCUGCUAGAUGAACGCUUCAUUCGUUCUACGGCGGAAACCAUCACGGUUGCAACACCGUAUUUGAUUCUGCACUGGGCACCACAGAAGCAGAUCCUGGCGCACAAGGCCACCGGUGUCUACGUCAGCCAUUGUGGAUGGAAUAGCACUCUGGAAGCCGUAGCGUACGGUGUGCCGGUGGUCGCCUGGCCAAUGUUCGGUGACCAAAAUUACAAUGCGUCGGUUGUUGAACAGUGCGGAAUAGGAAAGUGCAUGGCGGUGGCCGGGAUGAAGUCCAGCACAACACCGGUCCGACAGAUUGCCGAGAUCAUCGAGGAAGUUGGAGGUUGGAAGGAUGGAGGAGAUGGCAAUAGCCCGUAUUUUGUUAAGACGCAGGGACUGUCCAAGCAAAUCAGAAAGGCGUCUGCGACUGACGGGAAGUCGACUAAUAACUUGCAAGAAAUUAUGAACAAUAUUUCCAAACUGUAGACUCGAUGUCCCUCACGUAAUUGGUGUAAAUGGUUAUCACUAUUCAUAUCGUGAUAUACCGAUACAGUAAUCGUAACGUUGCAAUACUUAAUUAUUUCCGAUUUCUUGUGCAUAACAGAGAUAUUUCUAAUUUCGGAAUUAUGUUUUAAUAACAUAAUAUGUGCAGCCGUUAAGGACUCUAAGGUUCAACUCGUUCAGCUUAUUGUCAGUGAAACAAGUUAAAAAAAUUA